AAAAACGUGUCCAGCUCCUAAUUAUCUGCAGAGGUCAUGCCUUCGAAUCCUGUGCAAGCCUGAAUUAGUUGGGUACAUAACUGCAAUGAUCAUUGAUCUCCUACAUCAACCUACAGACUCAAGAGUCCAGGAACUCGGCCGCAAAACAAUACUACACAUUGUUUACUUUGCUGUUUAAAAGUAUACUACAAGUUGUUACGUUGUUUUACCACGGAAUUCGAUUUUGCGAGUCAUUUCUGUGCCUUUCUAUAAUAAGACAUUUAACAUUGCUUACUGUCAUUCUUCAAGUUAAGGCUGCUUUCAACUUAAAUGCAAGCAAUUCAAUUCGAUUCAGAGACUUGACCAUUUCAUUCUCGAUCGUUUUUCCUCGCAGGACUAUCGCUCAAACGCUGAAGAAUUCCCCGAGUUCUUUCCUAGCGGAGUAUUUGAAGCUGUAUGGUGGGCUGCGGUUACCAUGACAACAGUGGGGUAUGUAGUUAUAUUAAUAACAAUUAUAUAUAUAUCAAAAUAAUUGGUCUGCAUAUACCCUGUGCAAAUGCAGCCUGCUCUACAGCGUCCACCGUCAGACGGUGAAAACUAGCUCACAGUGAUUAACACUAUAAGCUGAUUAGAUUGUAAAGAAACAAUUACCUACAAAGAAUCUCUAGUUCUCUUACCGUAACCAUUGUUUUGUUACCUCACAGAAGUAGUUCGCGUUUCCCCGCCUUGCAAUUGAUACAGACUUGCUACCGUCCUGUUACGUAAACAUAAUGUCAGAACUCCAUUACUUUGAAUUAAACAAUGUUCUUUGUUCUUUAGCUAUGGCGACAAGGUGCCUCGCAGUGUUGGAGGUCGUCUGUUUGGUGUGGUGUGGAUUAAUGUAGGCCUUGUUAUAUUAGCCAUUUAUAUGGGUAUAGUCACUUCUUCCCUUAGCAGUAACAGUCUUGAACAAGUCAACAACAUUUAUGGAAUGCCGGUAAGCAUACACUUGUAGCUUGGCGAGCCUUUUCAUUAGGCACGCGCUCAGUACACGCUGAAAAUAUUUUGAGUAGAAUUUCAGACGCAGCGAGGCGAGCGAGGAGACAGAAGCUAGGCUUGCCUCUCAGUAAAGAACGAAUUCCUUCUCAUCUUUCUUUUCUUCUUCUGGUUCCAGGUUGCGGUUCUGAAUGGCUCUGCCCAGCAGCAACUGGCCAUUUUGCAAAACGCUGAAGUUCACGGUAUUACGUUUCUUGAGUGUUUGGGCUUUGUGAUGAUUUGCUCUGUUUAACUAUACGGCAGGCGUGUCCCUCGUUAUAUUUUUGAAGCAGAACCCUAUUUUCAAGUGUACGAGGAUGCGACUGAAUCAUUUUUUUACAGGGUGGCAACCUAAGUAACUAGUUUUCAGGCCUUUUUGACACCGUGUGACUUGUGAUUUCUCAGUUGUCUUUCGGAUUAGGCUUCUACAUUUCUUCAUCUAGUUUUCAGUAGUUUAGUUUUAAUGAGAUCGUCAGCAAAAUAUAAGACAGAUAAAUUCAAAUAGACAAACAAAUGAUAAAAAGAAAUUCAAAAUAGCACGGGAUGUGACGGGGGAAACAAACAGAACUACCGUGCCAAUUGCGAUCUAAAUCCCCCCCCCCUUCCAUUUUCACCUAUUUUGUAGUGAAACGAAGUUACAACGAAUUGUACAAGAGCGUAGAAAGCGGUGAAACCCGAAUAGCCCUGGUAGACAUCUUCAGCACUCCACAGCACAGUGAAUAUUAUGAUGAGUACAAACUGUAUGUAGCAACAGUCCUGAAUGAGCGUGUUAUCUAUGGAGCGGUCUUACCCAUGGGUACAGAGAACAUCAGAAAAUGUUUCCUUGAUUACCAUGGAAACCAUCAGCUGGAAGUACACGAGAUCUUAGAAAAGUACAUCAAUUCAGAACAGUACGGCGGUGAUAACUCAAGCUCUGGUACGGACUAUUUUAAAGGCAGUCUGUUUGGUUACACCAUCUAUGGCAUGUUUGGUUUGUUUAUGAUCGCCUUAGCCAUUGGUCUUAUCUGGCAAUAUUAUUCACGGACACAAAAGGAACACAAACGUCAAACCAGUGCAGGAGGACAACAGGAUUCAAAUACUGAACAUUCCACAACUAAGACUAACAAAGAUAAGGACAAUAAGGAGCAUGAUCAAAGGGGAGUACCAUUAAACUUCAGUGAGCAAACAGAGAGACUUAUGGCUGCUCAAAGCGCCGAGCUACUCGCCAUGGAGGACGAAUUCAAAGCUUUUCGCAAAAACUGGGAAAAGAACUUCCGUGGUCUGCAGGAAAAGCACAAGAAAGAACAAGAAAGACUGUUUGAGCUCGAUAAUUUUGGCUACGAAAUGUGAGGAAACUUUUUACUAAACAAAAGAAAAGGCAGAGUCAAGAAAACAGCACAGAAAGAAAAUUUCAUCAUCUAUGUACGUUCUUACUUCAUUUUUAUGUCUUGUACAAAGAACUCAAGGAAUGGGGUUUUAAAUAUAAUUUUUCUUUAAAAUAAAGUGAAAGUUUAAAAAUCUUUCGGUUCUGUAGCGUGUUCAGUGAUUUCUUCUCAGUUCCUAAUGCCAUGCUUCUACUAGUAAGCUACCGAACUGGACUCAGGGAGUAACACAGUAAUGGUGUACAAGUGAAGAUAUGAAAGAUCAUAUAUUUGAACUGCGAAGAAAGUUAUGAGGACAUGAUUAAUCAUGGCAGUUAAAUGCACAACUUCAGCAAUUUUGAAAUUAAACCCUGAAAAAAACAUUCAAGCUUGAACGGGGUUCGAACCCAUGACCUCUGUGAUACCGGUGCUGUGCACUUGGUAGAGAACUGCAUCGGUAUCGCAAAGGUCAUAACUGCAAUGACCAAUCAUUUCUUCACAGUAAUGGUUAGUUGCAUUUCUGCAAACGCUCUAGAACGCUCUAGAGCAGAGGUAGCCUGCGAACGCAGACGUAUUUCCGGCUGUCACUCGGUUCCGCCGAAAAAUA